UUGGACUUACCACACUCGCAUCCCUCUCUCUGCAGAUCUGUUGCCUCUCUCUCUCUCUCUCUCUCUCUCUCCCUCUCCCUCUCCCUCCAAACUGCCUCAGCCCUCCAUCAAGACUACAGGGGCUCAUCUCAAACUCCGCUUAGGACAGAAAAAGUUUGACGAGAUUGACUUUUACCUUUUCUCUUCUCCCUGACUUGUGACAGAGCUCCACGCACCCGCGCGCUCUCUCAUUCAUCCUGUCCUGACAACUUUCCUCCUCAGCCUCUGACUGAAGAGUGCGAAGACGAGACCGGAGCACGUGACAGUUUCCGGAGUUCAAUUGACUUGUUCGUCUUUCUAUUUAUUUAUUUAUUCUACGUUUUGUCCGCUGGUUUUUCCAAACUCUUGGAUCGAAACCAAUAUGAAAUUGCUGCUCGACUCCUCCUCAUCACUCCUCUUCUCGCUGCUAUUGGCUCAGCUGCCUGUGUUUACUUCUGCCACUCCAGUACCACACCGGCGGCCCACUGACAUGGAUAAACUGUCCAAUCAGACCAAAAAGCUAUUGAAGCUCACCCAAGAACUGCUGAAGGAGCCUGCAUUUAAGUCAGACGUGGAGCCCCACAGGUUCAGGUCUCUGCCAGAAAUGAGCAACAGAUCAGCCAAUGACCUCAACAAUCUUGAGCUGAAGCCCACACUCUCUCAGCUGCACGCUGACCUGAAGCUGUAUGAGCACCACUUUGAGUGGCUGAACAAGGUUUCAAAGAAGCACCAUCACUCCGCAAUGCCCAAACUGGUGGAGAUGAUCAAAGAAAUGAAAUCACUCAUCAACCUGCUGCACGGCCAGAUGGUGAGAGUGGAAGCACCAAGGCUGACCCCAGCGACCCCUUCUCUCCCCCCUCACCUCCCCUAUCAGUUUGAUGUCAUGCAGUCCAGUCAUGAGCUUCUUCAACACUUCAAGCUCUUUUGUGAUUGGGCAUACAGAGCAUUCAUCAGCCUCAAACCAAAAGUCACUGCAGUACAAUGAUGAUCCACAAACCAUUUGGCUGCAGAGCAAUGAGGAUACGUUGAAUCCCGCCUCAGCCAUGUCAGUGUGCACUUCAGUCAAUAGCAUCCCUUAAUAGGCCAAAACGUCAACCAAGUGACAUGUGUGUUGAAGAAUGUGUGUUUCCAUCAGAGCCAAUGAGGAUGCACUGAACUGCAGCCAGUUACGACCAUCAAGAUUCCCCAUUAAAGCAAACAGCCAGUUUAACUAUGAUGAUCAUGUAUGUCAUGAUUCCCCAAACAUUCUCCUAAAGGCCUUGUUCAUGACCAUGUUAUUUAUGUAUUUAUUUAUUUAUUGACUGUUAGUAAUUUAUUUAAUUUUAUUUAUUUGACGUUGUAAUGUGUCACUCUCAUCCUAAUUUCUGUAUUACCGUGAAUUUAUUUGCCCACAUCUCUGUAAUCUUUCUUUUUGUCGUGUGUCUCACUGAUCCUCAAGACAAACACAGUAGCACUUCCUGAACCUAUAGCUCUGAUAAUUAUUUUUUGUUUAAAACUAAUUUAAUUUUGCAUAUGUGUAUUUCGUCAGCAGAUAAUUCUUCCAGUAGAUGUAGCAUACAUUUUGGAUAACCAAAGUUGUCACUACCGCUCACUUACUGUGCCCUUAAAGUAAACAUUUUAGAAGAUUUAAUUUCAUCUUCUAACAAAGUAAAAUGUGUCACACAUUAACAUAUCAAGUGGUGGCCUAUCAAAUUGUUUUGAUUUGUAAAUGUCAGGAUGCUAGUCAAAGUUUCUAUUUUUGAUGCCUUUUUUUUUGGCGUUCUGCAUGAGGAGGCAUAUUUAAUGUUGUGGUAAACUUGUAUGAAUGUGCCCUGUUGCUGAGCACUGAUGGACCUGAUUAGAUUCUUUGCACAAACUUGUUAGGAUUAGCCUCUUGGAUGAGUGAGUCGGCUGAUUUUGAUCGUGCGCUUUGGGGUAGAAAAGUUUUUUUAGCUUUGUUUUUAAGUUAAACACUCAAAGCCUUAAAAUACUAUGUAUUGUGACACAAUGUUCUGUACAGGCAUGCAUAAAUUUACAAGAAUGUAAAUGGUUGUAUACAGUGCUUUGUUUAUUAUGUUGUUUUCUACAAUAUAAUGUAGAUUACUUUACCAAUUUUAUCACUAUAAUGUCCAUUCCUAUUCUAGUAUUUGUUACAGUAUUGACUAUUUAUUUAAGUAAACUUGGUGGAACUAUUUAUUUUGUGCUGUAGCGGAGCAAGACUCCGAUCUUUUUGUACUUUUUAUACAGUUUUUAUUCCUAAUUACGUUUAUUAUAUCAUUGUGUUUAAAUUAUUGUUGUACCAUCAAGUUGCCUCUUCCACACACUGAUUGGCCUCAAUGUGAAAUACGUGCCUUGGUGAAAUAAAUUCUUAAGAAUG